GAUUGCUAAGUUUUUUUUUAACAUUUGCUAUGUGAUUGUUUUUAACAUUUAAGGUUUUCAUCUGAUCUCUAUAAAAUUUGGUUAUCAAUCUUAUGAGGAUGAACACUUAAAAUGCUGGUUUUAAUUGCGAUCUGGGUGUAGAAUCUCAUGGAUCUUCUUUAAAGCUUCCUUUUGCAUAGUGAAGUACAGUAUUUUUUUUCUUCUUUUUUAACAUUUCAAACAAUUUCUUAUUUGUGCGUUGGAUUGUCUGUUUGACUGUGAGUUGUAUUACUCUAAAAGUUUUCAACAAGGUGAAAAAGUUUAUUAUUUCAUUGUUCAUCUGGAUUUGGGUUUUGUUUUUGAAACUUUAUUCUACAGAGCAAGAGGAGACAUUUUUUUAAGAUGCUCUUUAUUCGAAAUGCUUUUGUCCAAUUUCCACAAAACAUGGUGAAAAGGUUGAAGUCUUCGGUACUCGAGUGAAAUUAUGAACCAUUUGUAAUGAGCUCAUCCAGUUAUAGGUCAAAACACAACAUUGUUACUGUCGUUGCUGUUUCCAUGUCUUGCUGAUCUUGUCUAGUUAUGAUUUUCACAUAAUAGUUGUUUGUUUUUUGUUCGUCUGUCCAAGCGGCCCUCCUGCGAGGACAGAUCCUGGCUCUUGCCCCUCAGGCAUGAUUCCGAGGAACGAAGUCGUUCUGUCUGUUUUGGGGGAGCUCCAGGAAGCCACGGAGAGCUCAGGCCUGGAUGUCCUCAACGGAGUGGCCCUGGAAGUUGAGCAGGUUCUUGCUCCCUUCCAACUCCCCAAGACCCCUUGCCGGAAUUUCCUGGAUUGGACCGGCAUCGAUGAAGUUGCUCAUGGCCUGUACCCACCUGAUUCCCCUGGUGACCUUCUGCCCCUUAACUGUAAGGGGGAAGGCAACCGUCUGUUUGACGCAGUCAGCAUGCUGCUAGUAGGAACCACUGGACUCAGCUUGGAACUACAGGUACGAACAGUAGUGGAAAUGGUGGUGUGGAAGAGGUACUACCUAUCUGGGAUGAUCGAUUCUAAAAUGAUGCUGCAGGCAGUGCGUUUCAGUCUCUGCGCAGAGGAAUCCGAGGAUAUGGUCAACUUGCCCGUCGCAGUCCUGGAAGCCAUAUUUGAUGCCGAUGUGAAAGCGUCCUGCUUCCCAGGUUCAUACGCCAACAUGUGGCACGUGUACGCUCUGUCAUCAGUCCUCCAGUUUAACAUCUACUCCAUCUACCCUAUGUUCAACCUCAAGAUUCGACCUUAUUUCAAUCGGGUCGUACGUCCAAGGAGCUGUCCGAAGGACUUGGAUCUGGUAACGCUCCAUAUCAUGUGGUCUGGUGAGCUGCAGUUGGGUUCCUUGUUCAGGCCUAACCAUUUUGUUCCACUUGUCCAAACAACAGACCUCACAUUUGGAAGCCCCAACAGUGAGCAGGUCAGGCCAGUCACCAGUGAGAUGCAGCUGCCCCAGGAUUCCCAUCUUUCCUACUCCAAUUUAAAAGACAAGUACAACAUCACCAAGAGGACUUUCUACCGCUGGAAGAGGCAGACUCAGGAGCACUGCAAAAAGUCGGCAGCAAGGUACGAGGCUAAGCAUUUCCUGCAGACCUGCUACUUGGAGGGUAAGCUCAUCCCCCUGCACCAGUUCAAAGAGAUGUUCCCAGAGAUCUCGAGAUCAUCUUACUACAAUUGGAAGCACGAGCUCCUGAAAUCUGGAGGAAACUUCUCCACCUCAUCUUCAACCGGAGAGAUAAGUCCAGGAGAGAGCACAGAGCAGGAGGUUUGGUCUUCACCCGAGGCAAAGCAGGACGAGCAAGAGAACCACGGGAGCGUGGCCAGGAUGUUCGGCGUCAGUCUUGGCAAGCUGGACCUUGAGCGGGCUCAGAAUGUGGCUCACAUGCAAGAGGCUAAGCGCUGUUUGCAGAAUUGCAUUGCAAUGAAUUCCUCGCUCCCUUUCAGGAUCUUCAAAAGAAAUUUUCCUGGGAUCUCCAGGUCCACCUACUACAACUGGAGGAGAGAAGCCUUGGUGUUCAACAGAGGUUACAAAGGCCCCGCUGGGAGCAGUGAGGACAGCUCAGAUGCAGACAAGAGCCAAAGUCAUAAUCAUAUUUCGCAACUGUUGCCAAACGCCAACCAGGCGGUGUUGCCUAAAAUGAGGAUCUGCAGGCAGAAACACAGAAGCUUCAAUCUGGCUUACAUGAGCAAGAAACAGCUUCGAGAUGCAGCGAAGCUCCAUGUACAAAAGUCAAAAUUAUCCCUGACAAAGUUCAAGCUCAAGUUCCCGUCCAUGUCACCUUGCUUCUAUUGGUUGUGGCGUAGUGGUCCGACCCGCAAACGAAAGAAAAAACUAAUUCCCCACACACCGGCGAUCAGUGUGCCAGAGAGUCUGAAUGAUACCGCCACAAAAAGCACGAUGGGUGAAGGAAAGAUUGAUGGUCCCAGUAUGUUCCCAUUUGUAGGGAAUCGUCCAUGUCUGCUAGGUUCAACUAUGGCUUCCUUCAAUGCCUCGCGCUCAAAGCACAUGUACGGCGGCAUGGCGCCAAUCAAUGAGCAAAUGUUUGCCAUGGAUGUUGUGGCUUUGGCCAACUUUAAGGCCCGGGCGAAGCUAUUCCUGCAGCAACGCUUUGAGGAAAAAUCCUUCCCAACAUUUAAGGAAUUCCGGUCUUACUUCCCCUUUACACCACGCUCUACCUACUACAUGUGGAAACGAGCUUUGCAUCACGGCGUGUCUCUGGUUCACGGAUAAGGGUGUAGCGUCAACUUUUCAACCCAUUAAAAUGGGUAUUCAAAGGCUAACGCAAUGCUCUGUUGGGGAGGCGGGAAAAAAAAAUUACAUGACGAGUAUGAGUUUCUUUGGAAUUCACUUUUUGAGUGACUUACAUAUGUUGAAAUACGGCUGAAAGUCAUUGCAGCUGAGUGCGUGGUGGUCCCCCACCACCACCACCACCGCUCUGUGUCAUUCCUACCUCAUGGACAUUUGCACAUGUGUGAAAAGAAAAGAAUUCUGGUUCCGGUUAAGCCCCGCAUGUUGCCCUCCAGGCAGAAGGCAGUUCAAAGCUGCUGUUUCGUGGCAUUUUGUUUGAAGCCGUUCUCCUUCAGUCUCUUUUAAUCGCUACCAAGUAUUACCCUUUAGGCCCUUUAUUCCACCUUUGUUUUUUUUUAGAUGAUAGUUAAGUUAGUGCUGAUGCUUUUUGAUUAUGUGUGUAUUUGUUAUGUUUCUUGGUUUGACUUUUUUUUAUAUUAUUGAAUGUAUACUUUUCUGAGAUUGAUUUGGUGCACCAAAGUUUACAUAUUAGCGCCUUUUUUCCACAUAGCGUAUGGACUGUCUGUAAUAUACGCAAUACGCCAUGUUGUGUUCAACAUGAGCAAAUGCAUGUCAUUACGGAAACCUUACCAGCUAAGAGAAGCUAACUUUCUGUUUUUCAUCGUCCAGUUGUGUGAAAUAUGCGCACAGAACACGAUGGAGACAAAAACAAGGCAACAUGUUUGCUUCUUACCGUUGCAAAAAUUAACGAAUAUCCACAAUGUAUUAAAGUCGCUAAACUACUUUCUUUUUACUUCUCCAACUACACUUUGAUUGUCAACAAACGAUGGAAAUGAAGGAGCUAGCUUGUUAGCUUUCCAAAGCUAGCUGGCAAGCGCAACGCGCAUACAGUCUCUCUCGAAUUUAUGGCAAAAGUUAAAUUUAGCAAAAAAUUAUUAAAAAAAGGAUGGAGGAGCUUGGCACUAUGUCAAACAUAAGACGUUUAGAGGAAUAAAUGGGUAAACAGACGUUAAAGCUACGUAUGCUAUGUGGAAAUGAGGCGCUGGUUUUUAUUAUGAGGCUAAUCUAAUAUCACACAAUAUUUGCACUAAAAUAGUUCAGACUGUUGAAUGUACUGACUUAACCAAAACUAUUUUUUACCGUCUAAAUUCCUGCUUGAGACUUUCAAAAACCUUGGGGAAAAAUGUUUACAUUCCUUUUUACUUACUACUGAUGUUUUUUAUUCUCAUGCCUCUAAAAACUUAUUCUGUAGUAGUACUGCUCUGGAUUUCAGGAUGUGGCGCUCAUAACUGGCAUCAUGGCAUAUGCUAAUGCUAACUGCAGUUAGCAAGUUACUCAUCAUUGAUGUUAGCCUGCCUGCCAAACCGUUAACAUCAGCAGUGAUUGUGUUAAUUACAGCGAAGGAACUGCUAAUGCUAAUUGCUUACCACUGUCAUGUGGCCACACAUGGUAAUACGAAACGGUAAUGUGUGACCACAUAUGGUAAUGCUAACCACAGUUAGCAUUUUCUUUAAUCCUUUCUAAACAAAUGCGCCAUAUCAAUGUAACAAUGUCCGGUAUAAACAAUGCUGUCCUCCACAUCCAUAAAUGUGGUAUUUCUUAGAAAAAUUUAUAUCCGUGGUGAGUAAAUUGGAAGAUAUUAGCUAGAUAUGGCUAGUUGGAUCUGUGGCUAUCCAUCACAACCAGGAUAGCCAGUUCUGCUUAAAGCUAGCAUAGUCGGCUAAUGUAACUUGUUUUUUAUUAUUACCCAUAAUUCAGUGUAGUGCUGCACUAUGGCCUUGCACUCUGAAUCAUUGCAGUAAUUCCAGUUUAUAGUUUAUUUCUGUUGAUAUGCAUGAGUUAACAUUUUAAUUGCUAAUAUCAUAGGAUCACUCUAUAAUACUGCUAAGGGGACUGAGGCUACUGUUAGUAAUUAAUUAAUUUAAUUAGUACUUUUCACUCAGUAGCUUUGUGCCUAAAUACCCCCUUAAAGUGACAAGAUUGGCAUCAAAUCAGUUUUUCCAAUGAUUUUGCAUGUAUGCAUUUAAGUUUCUCAAGAAAAACAUUACUACGCCCUUUGCCGAUUUUUGCUUACGGCUAUCCCAAGUGACAAUCCAUAUAUCUUGUCACUUCCUCAGAACAUUUGUAUAAAACUCAGAUUGUAAAUGGUAUUUCUGGAGCUUGGUCGAACUGUGCGGUCUUAAUGUAGCCGUUUUUACGCCCCAUGUCAAAACUACCUAUUUCCCCGUGAAGUCUGAGAAUAUUUAUAUACUAAUAUUGCCUUUCAAGUUGUACGAAUAAUAAGAAAA